AUUUCUUCUGUACGAAUCUGCUAACGUCCUUCCUUUCCUCCACGGUACUCUCGAUCAACAGCGUCCACCCCUCGGAAAGCCACAAGGACUCGUUCUUCUUGCACGCCCAGCAAUAGCUACCACCCAUCAGCACACAAUGUUGCUCACUUCAACUCUUGCGAGCACCAUAGCUCUGACCGCCGCCGUGUUCGCACACCCGCUGGCUCGCAGGCAUACGGCUUGCAUCACAGCCAAGGAUCUCACAACCAUUGCGCCCGACACCGCAUCUUGCGAUGGCGCCGACUAUCCCGCUGAAUGCGCUGCAGCAAGCAUAGCAGCACCAAACAUUGCCGAAUCGUUCCACGUCUUCAACAUCGAAUCCUUUGGCGCCCAGGCAGCGCUGGUAGCGAUUAUGCUUUUCGAAUCAGGCGACUUCAAGUACAAGAUCAAUCACUAUCCAGGGGUCGCCGGCCAAGGCACACGCAACAUGCAAUCGCCUGCAUUCAACGAAAAGUAUGCGGCAUGGAUCGUUGCAAAUGGCAACGAUGCGAACAUCACGCAGGAUCGUGUGGCAGCUGCAAGUGCACAAGGCCCGGCGCAGCUCCUGGAUUUGAUCAACACAGACAAAUGGAGCUUUGCUAGUGCUGCCUGGUUCAUUUCAACGCAAUGUGAUGCCAGCCACGUUGCAGCUCUGGCUGAUGGGAGUCAGACGAGCUUCGAGAAUUAUCUGACUGAUUGUGUUGGAACAACGGUGACAGACGAGCGUAUCUCAGGGUGGUCAAAGGUCGUUGCGCUUGGUCAAUGGCAGAAGUGA